UUGAGCUUUUGUGUCCUCUACACACAUAGGCGCCAUCUUGGAUUAACCCGUAGCUUUUUCUGAAAUCGCUAAUAGCAAAUAACGCAGUUGUCUCACUUAAUUCAACUCAAUACCGAUAUGAACGGAUCCAGAAAGAAAACCGCACACACUAUCAAAGGACAGUCGGAAACAGCUGUAAGCCCAGCUGUCAACUCAAUGGACCGAAAGUCCGCCGGCGGGAUGCUAAAGAAACUAAUAUCGCGACGUAAUCAGACCGAUAAAUAUCCUGUGAUAACAGAGGAUGAGCUGCGGGCGUUAGGGACAGACAUAUCCCCAGACCACGUCCUGGGGCUCCGUGCGGUCACCGAGGACUAUCUGUGUAAGCCCGAAGACAAUGUGUACAACGUUGACUUCACCCGGUUUAAGAUUCGCGACCUGGAGACCGGCACGGUGCUGUUUGAGAUCGCAAAGCCACCAAACUGCGACCCAUCGGAGCAUGAAGACGUGGUUGGGGAUGUGGACACCAGUGCUGGCCGUUUUGUCCGGUAUCAAUUUACCCCUGCCUUCCUUAAACUUCGCACUGUUGGUGCAACUGUUGAGUUUGCAGUCGGGGACAGUCCUAUUAACAGCUUCCGUAUGAUCGAGAGGCAUUAUUUCCAAGGGCGCCUCCUCAAGAACUUUGACUUUGACUUCGGAUUCUGCAUUCCCAAUAGCUGCAAUACAUGCGAGCACAUCUACGAGUUCCCCCAGCUUCCAGAGGACCUCAUACGCCUCAUGGUAGAGCACCCGUAUGAAACCAGAUCAGACAGCUUCUACUUUGUGGACAGCAAACUUAUAAUGCACAACAAGGCAGACUAUGCCUACAACGGGGGUCAGUAGAGGCUGAUGAGGCACAAGGGACCAGAACAUGUGCAUUGAUGACACAGGUUUGAGGAUGUGCACUCUGCAGAGAUGUUGUUAGUGGCAAAGGGUUCUUUCUUACACAUUCAUCCCUAACAUGGGAAACAGCAUUCUUCCAAAAUGACACCAAACUGGCUUCAUAAGAUGUUCAUCAUAUGUUUAUCGACGCUACAACACAGUCUAAAACGACUGAAGAACGAAUGAAGAAAUAGUCUUUGAGCUGUUGGAUUGUUAUGUUAUGUAUUUGACUUUACUGCUUUUUUAACUUGUUCUAUAAUGCAUCCAUACAAUAAGUGUCAGGAAGUAGUCUAAUCCAGGAAGUAGGUUUGAUAUACUCCAGUCAAACAUGUUGGUAGAUAUCACUCUGUAUGUUGAUUUGACACAACCUUUAGUAUGUGAUUUGGCACUACCUUUUUGUAUGUGGCUUGACAUUACCUUUUCUACGUCGUGGCAAUUGUUAAUCCCAAAUGGAAGGACACAAGCAUUGGCCAGGGUGUAAUACAGUAUUGCCAAGAAUAGACUGUUGUAGUGCAGUUAAUCAUUAGCUAUUUUAGUUAUAUAUUUAAUUUUCCAUUCAUCCCUGUGCUCCACCAUAUGUCUAAUUAUGAUUCACUUUGAAUUGUUGAUCCCUUUACUUCACCCUUUCUCUCCACCAUAGCGUGGGAUUCCUGUGCCUUGUGUUCCACACUGUGUAUGUAAAUCUGUUCAAUGAAAUUACUAAAACCUUUAAUUCAGCAGCGUUAACCCAGCUGUAUAACACAGGCUGCACCUCAACCAAUAAGCUGAAGACUGUUGUUGUUUUUUCCUGUCAUGUGCUCCGUUACUUAUGAAAUAUGUAUUUUAAUAUUUACUUUUUUAAACAAAUGAAUUUCCAAUCAAUUACUAGUGGUCUUUAUUCAAUUGUUUUUGGAAUAUCCCUUAAAAUUUGACUUUUAAUUGAUAUGUAUUAUGAUUGAAGGACAAACUUGUUAGAACUAGUUGCAAUCACUUAGGCCAUUACAAUAUACAAAUUAUAUGAUUAGCUAUGCCAUUGGCAUUAGUCUGUGCCAGCAACAUUUCUGAGUUAUCAGAAGCAAGUGUAGGUUCAUAGUAGAUUGGUUGACGUUUAUUAGAAUGGGCUACAUAGUUAUUGUUAUUUUUCAAUAUUGAUACAUUCAGAUUCAUUCAAAUCCUAUGAAUAUAUGUGGGUCCUAACUGCUUUGGUAUUGUGUGUUUGCUUGUCCAUAAUUUCAAAUCCUAAAUUCAUGUGUUGGAUUUUUGAGGACUACCUAAAAAGCAAAAGGUACAGUUGCAAUACCUUCUGUUGGUUGAUGUGCCAAUAUAACAGAACAGACACCAUUACCCAGAGUUCGUUGCGGCGAAGCAAGAUAACACGUGUUUUCAUCAUGGCGGCCUCCGGUAAAAAAGCAUUGACUGGGUCUGGUGAUUCAAGUAGCAGUGAAGAUGAAGAUUUGGAAAAAUUUAAGGAAGCGGUUUGGUAUGUGGAUGGUCCCAAGAACACAGGUAA